AUGCCGAGGCAGCCACUUGGAGACCCCUUCCCCCGCUCGCUCCCAGGCUCUGCAAACCCUUCGCCGCCCGCCCCCCGGCUCUCCGCGGCCGGUCACCGCCGCGGCCUGGACCUGCGGCCAAUGGGCCCGGGCGGGGGAGGAGCCUGGGCGGGGCCCGUGAGGGGCCGGGGAAACUCCCUGCGCCCAGCCUGGCUUGACAGGCUCCCUCGAGGAAGCGGCACGGUUCUGCGCGAGGACGCGGCUGGAGCAAGCAGCGAGGGCGCCGCCUCUCGCCCAUCUUCCUGGAGCGGCAGGAUGAAAGACCGGUUAUAUGAACUGUAUGAGUUAGCUAAGCUUUAUAACCAACAGUUUCCUAACAAUGAGGAUGAUGAGAUUUUACCUCAUGAAAUCCUCCUGUUCGAGACUGAUGAUGCCCUCGCAGCUCUUUACAAAGAUGUCCAGAGUAUCAGAACAGACAACCUCCACCUGAAAGAGGACGUCAAACGGCUAGGUAAACAAAAUAACCGCUUUCUUACCUCCAUGCGCCGUCUUAGUAGUAUCAAACGAGAUACUAACAGCAUCGCCAAAGACAUCAAGGCCCGUGGAGAAGGCAUCCACAGGAAACUCCAGACAAUGAGAGACUUCAGUGAAGAUGCUGAAACAAAACAUGGCACGAUGUCUGUCAUAACCCGUGUAUCGAAGAAUCACUAUGUUGACCUCAUGCAUGCCUUUCAGGAAGCCAUGUUUGAGUACAAUGAGGCAGAGAUGAACCAGCGGGAGAACUGCAAGAUUCGGAUCCAGAGACAGCUGGAGAUCAUGGGCAAGGAUGUUUCCGGAAACCAGAUUGAGGACAUGAUUGAGCAAGGCAAGUGGGACGUUUUCUCCGAGAAUCUCCUGUCUGAUGUCAGAGGGGCUCGUGCAGCAUUGAAUGAGAUAGAGACGCGACACAAAGAGUUGAUGAAGUUGGAGACUCGCAUCAGGGAAGUUCAUGAGCUCUUUCUGCAGGUGGCACUACUGGUGGAGCAACAGGCUGACACCUUCGACAUCAUUCAACUGAACGUGGAAAAAGUUGAGGACUAUGUAGGAGAGGCUAAAUGUCAGGUGAGGAAAGCUUUGGAAUACAGGCGGAAACACCCUUGUCGAACACUCCUCUGCUGUUGCUUUUCGUGCUGCAAAAGCUGAUUCUCCUACUCAAGCCUUACAGACCAACUUGAAUGUGCCCUAAGAAUGUACAAUUGAAAUAGUACUUUUAAAAUGGGCUACUUUUUGGAACAGGAUUGCUUUUGGUUUGGAGGGGGUGGUGGUUACCCCUUGUCUUAGAUUUUGUGCUAAUAAAAGCCAAAUGUUGCUGGCAAAUUUUAUUAUCUUUAAAAAAUAAAUAAAUAAAAUUCAAACCUAACCUAUUUGGUUGUAAUCUAGGCUAGAGUGCUUAAGAGAGCCUCAUAAAAUGAUACAUGCUCCAACCUGACACCACCUAAUUUAAAAGAAUGAAUGAAAGGCUAAUAGGUUAAUCGAUGAAGGAUGAGUGUUGGUGUACCACGAGAUGGCUAUUUUCUAUCUUCCACAGUGAGACUGCAUAGGGUACAGCUCUAUUGCUGUAGUGAUGUAAUUCUGUGGUGCUUUGUAAGUUUGCCUGCCUUUAGGAAACUUGGAGCCCAUGUGAUGCAAUCCUUAAGCAAUUCAUUGCCACAUUCAUUUGAAGAAACAGUAAGUGUGUUAAACUAUUUACAGAAAAUAUAGAAUUAUUUUCUUAAACCUUUUUACACAAGGAGCCUGAUUCUGAUCUCACACUAGUUUUACACCAGUGGAACUCCAUUGAAAUGAACGAAGUGAAUUUUGAUCUAUUCCAGUGUAGAUAAGAUCAAACUCAGUCCCAAGAAGUAUUCAUUCCUCUCCCCCCAUCCCUUUCAUCAUUGUGAACACACCAGAAUUUUGACCAGGUCACAGGAAACACUGAAAAAUUAAGACCUCUCUUCAAUUGACUCUUUACUUUAGUCAUUUAAAUACUCUGUUUUAAUGUUGUUCUUUAAGGUUGUAAUGUCAUCUGCUGGAGGACUGAAAAUGGUCAUGGCAAACUUUUCAAAGAUUUUUAGCCCUAUAAAUAAAAUUAAUGCAGCCAUCUCUUCUCAAAUGUGACUUAACACCCAUAAAUGGACAUUUGUCUGGAAGGCAAAUGCAACAUUUUAGUGAUUCACAUACACACACAAAUUUGAAGUUAUAGUGACAGAUUUACCUUGUAAAUAGAUGCUUAUUUUUGUAAGACAAUGUAUUGAUAUAUUGUGUUUUGUAUUUGUUAACAUGAAGGUAUUAAUAACAAUGUUUACUCUGGUUUGUAUAUGAAGACAGAUAGGACUGUCUUCUGCCUCUGGGACAACUGCAUAUUGAAGAGAGAAUAGACGCCUUUAUUCAAUACUCCUGUAUGAGCCAACAUUUUGGAGUCAAAAUGACACUUCCUUUUAUUGGGUUUGAAAAGUUUUCCCUCCUCCCUGUAAAACCGUUUCUGAUUGACCAUAUUAGGUUUGGACAAAAAGGGAGGAAGAGAGAAAUUUAAGGCCAAAUUUUGCAGUCCUUAAUUGAUUACAUUGGUUUCACUUGAUUGAAAGCUGAAGAAUUUGGCCCUUACUUUUGAAGUCCUUUGUGCUCCAUGUUAGUCCUAAUGAGAACAGAGGGCAAUGCCAAAAGUAUGCACAAUAUUCCAACUACAGUAUGUGUUUCUAAGCAGCUUUCUGCUACAUUGUGAUUUAUUGGUACUUUGAACUCAUACAAGACUUCUUAUUUUUUUUCCCCUCCCCUUUCCAGAAGUUAGUGACUUCAGAGAUCUUCUGUUUGGAUAACUUUUUCCCCUUUUUUAUGUCCUUUUAAUAAUAUUAUAUUUUAACAUUUCACAUUUGUAUUUUGGUGAUUUCCUGCCCAGAUGCUCCCAGCUAUCCUUCUGCACCCUUCACAAUGAAAGGUUUCUCUUUCUGUCUUUUGCACACUAAAUGUAUAUUGUAACAAAUUAUUUUAAAUUACUUAUAAAACAGUAAGGCCUUGCAAAAACAAAUUGAUACACACUUCUAAGCUUUCUUUGCCUAGCAAGAAAAUGUUGCUUGCUGGACAGGUUUGCCACAUGGAGGAUGAGGGAGUUAGAUGAAGAACUGUGGACGAGAACUUUUUUUUUUCUCAAGCUGAAAGUCACUGCUUUGAACUAAAUAUUAUAUGAAGCACCUGUGCCUGUAUUUGCAUGUGUUCAUUAGCUAGAAUUUAUGUAGGGGACAAAUGAGCCUCAAACAAGAGAAUGUUUGUGGUAUACAGUGAAGUCUUGAAGCCAUCAGUGUUACAUUUGCUUGGGAAAAUUCAAACAAUUCAAAUCUGAACUGUAAGGGGGAAGAGACUGGGGCGUCAAAUGGACUGGCUGGCACCCAUUACUAAUAUUUAAGAGCCGUUGUCAUGUUGAGUAGCAUCUUACUCCAUAAGUAGUCCCAAUCAAGUGAGUGAGACUGUUUCUGAAGAAAGGUACAAAGCGAGGAUAUCAUAAUCUGGAUUUAAAUCAGGCCCCAGAAAAACGUGAAUCUGUUUGCUCUGUGUAUUGUAGCUUUUUCCUCCCCCUUUAUGAUAAAGUUAUGUAAAUGUUCUAAUUGUAUUUCUUUUUUGUACAUGUAUAUAUCUGGAAAUGCAAUAAAAGUGUUU